AUGGCGAAGAAAUCUGUUGCUGGCCAGAUAGCUCGAGAGUCAAAGACACUUCUCCACCAUUCUGGUUCGAAGCCCUUUUCGUAUAGGCUUGAGGAACGACGUCAGGAGGGUUCUAAGUUCCCAGAGAUCGACAUGUUCAAGGACGUUUACGUUCGACCUGGUAAUGAAAUCGCUGGGCAGUUUUAUGAUACUAUGGUGGAAAAGAGCACUGCUGUUCUCCAAGAAGCAGCAUCGCAGCUUCCCCCGGAGACUUCGAUCGAGGAUGUCAUGGUACCAGAGGAUGUAGGUUUUCAAAUCAUGACUGAAGUCCUGGAUGAGAACCUUGGUCGUCGUCAUGGCCAGGUUGUUCGGGGUAUGGGGAAAUCACGGGUUCGUGAGACGGGUGCCUCUUCUUCCAGAUUGAACACAUCAUUGAUGGAUGAAGUGACAACCUUAAGGGGUAAGCUUGCGAUCCAGGAAGAGCAGAUGAGGGUCCAGGGCGAGCAGAUGAAGGAGCAGAUGAGGGCCCAGGGCGAGCAGAUGAAGGAGCAGAUGAGGGCCCAGGGCGAGCAGAUGGAAGCGCAGCUGAGGGUCCAGAGCGAGGAGGUGAGGACCUAUGCUGAAACGGUGAGAGACCUUGUACGAGCCAUACAGACGGCCGGCCUACAAGUCUCGCUACCAGCACCUCAUCAUGAUCCACCUUCGAUCUCAGAGCCACCUCACCCUCCCGAUACUCAGUAG